AUGAACCAUGAACGCGCACUGGAUGACUUGAUUGGUAUCACUGAGAUCAAGGGCCGGGUAUUCCAAAUCUUACAGGACUGUAAAGAUGGAGCAUUACAAAAUCUUUCUGAUGGCUACAUCCCGCAUUCCUCCAUUGUGCUUCACAAAUUGUCCACUAUUGCGCCCCCACCCUGGCUUGGGACUCUUGAUCAGACAGCUAACAAUCAUUCAGACCCCAAUAGCAAGAAGAAACAAACCUGGAAUCCAAGUGAGGAUAUUCCACCUGAGGGACUCUCUGGAGGUUGGAACAAAGUUUUUGGGGAACAAAUGGAGAGAAGUUUUGCAACGGUUGACCCAGAAAGAUUCAGUGGCUUUCUUGAUGGAGUUGAAAAUGCCAGUUAUCAGAUACCUCAAGGAAUGCUUUAUGGUGUGGGUGGUCAGCUCCCCCAAAGUUUGAUGAAGGCCCUCCUUUUGGAAGAUGAUAAUACAGAAGAGGUUUCCUGGUUACCUGGAGAUCACGUUCAAUUGGACUCGGAUAGUGACUCCCUUGAAGAACCCAAUAACAGUCUGGCUGUGCCACGCUUUUUGAAAUCUCUACCCUACCUUGGAAGUGAAGAUGAUCAAAACAAGGCCUUGUUAACUGGCUGUCACAAAAGGCGCCCACUCAGGCUCAACUGGGCCAGGGACCCAUUGCCUAUUGAGCCUGAGAGUCUCACAGCUGGCCUUACUGUUGACUCAUUAUCCCUCACAGUGAAGAGCCCUCAGUUUACCUCAAAUAUUUCUUUGCAUGUUUGCCCACCACGAGGAUCCACACUCACAACAGACAUUGGGUUAUUGGUCUUGAUCAAUGGGAAGGUAACAAAACUAAGUCAUAUUCCCAACUUCACUUGGGGCCAUGUGGGCAGUGCCAAUCCUUUCCGGAUCAACGUGUUUUUCCCAAACUAUGAGAAAGGCAAAAACGCUGGUAGUCGUUAUAUUACAAUGCUCAAUGCUCAGGAUUGCUCUCUAUGGUACACAGAAGUUGUCCGUCAAGCCAUCAUGCAAGCAGAAAUGCGUGGUUUGAAGUCCUUAGGGCAUCAAAUUCCUAAUGAGAGGGGAUCUGCAUUGCUUUGUAUCUUCAAAGAAUAUCCUUUUGUUGAUUGGAGUCUUCAAAACCCUCAAGACAUUGUGGUGGACAUUGGCCUAGAAAUCAACAUCAAGCAAGAGGAACUCUCAUUGGAUACAAACGACUUGACAUUGCUAUGGAAACUCAGUGUUCUCAAACAGCUUAUUUGGCCUGCUUGGCGUAAAGGACAUGUCAACUCCUACAUGCACUCCCGUGUUGUGGCAGGACUUUCUGCAGCUCCGCGUAGCCUUAUAAGCCACUCUUUUUACUAUUCCCACGCAUACAUGAAGGACAAGGUUGUCACCUACCAUCAUUGUGACAGCAGUAUUGGGAUUGGCUUCUCACCCAAGGAUGGUCUGAACAACACGGACCAAUACAAUAAUGAGAUUGCCAAGUUGACAAAAGGAUGGACCCAGAGCACAGGCUGUUAUGGAGUGCAAUUAGAAUGGCGGUGUGGAAUCUGGGCAUCAGAACAGAUAUUGAGGCUAGACCCAUCCUUGUGGGUGCAACGUUUCCUGAUGAAAGGCGCUAUUCUUGCAUUCAAAACUCAUCAUGUGGUUCAGCUCAAAGUCACAUUUCUCAGGGCCUAUGACUAUUUCUUUUGUAGGGUGCAAGUUUUGCCAGCCCCACAGCGCAGAAGUGAAGAGGUUCUUCUGCUUGCUGCAGUCCUUCAUUACCUUAUGCAUGGACUAGUAAAGCGCCCAGAUGAGAUGAGCUCUAGUCGUUACAUGGCAAAGGGUCUUGGAAUUCUUUCCAGGGCUAUGUCUUAUGGGUUUGCUUCAUUCACUGAGUACAAGAUCCUUCAAUACUCAGCUCGUCAUACCCCUGCUGGAGCUCGUCUCAAGCCAACCCUUUCAUUAUCCAAGACUGAUCAAUUUAUCAUUCGGGCACUUGAAAACAUGCAGCAGAAGAAUGCAGCCAAACGGGUAAUGCGUACUGGGAAAAAGCUGAUCCAAAAGUCAAACAACCCAACUACACCAAGCAAUUCAGCUCCUUGCCAACUGACAACAGAGACUGAAGAUUUUGUCUUUUUUGAUCACUUAAUCAAUGAAGACCUUUCUGGUUGGCUUUGGUCAAAGUUCCCCAUCCAGGAUCAAACAGAGGUGCCAAAUUUGCGGAGCUUUGAAGGUCCAUUUCAGCUGAAACUAUGGAAAAAUUCAGUUGGUCCUGGAGUUAAGUGCAAGAGCCGUAUUUCUUGGGCAGGGUUCCAGAAUGUUAUUUCUCAACUAUUCCCUGAUGAUUGGGUCAUGAAGGACCGUGGGCAGAUGUGGGAUUCAUAUCAAGCAGUUGUUUUGGACCCCAUCAUAAAACGGCUUGAACAGGAAGACAAAGCCAAUCGUGCCACCCGUGCCAGUGGGUGA